AGGUUCUACUGCGUUCUUCGAAGUGUUGCUUUGUGUGUAAAUUGUCAAUUUGAGAUUACUGAUUUACUAACGGAACAUGUGUAGUUAUCCUGACUGUUUGCUGAGAUUUAUUUAUUAGUAUGUUAGAUUCUAGAUCUAGAUCUAGAUUAUAGGCUUGCACCAGAUUGGAAUAUUGAUUCUUGAUUGUUGUCAGUGUUGAGCCUGAGUUUCGCUUCUCGUGUUACCUCUGCCUCUACACUCUUCGUUUUAGGUCACAGUGAUGGAUUGAAGCGCAGCGGUAGUUCUGUACACAAUAACUCAACUAGUCUACACAGCCUAGAUUCUAUUUGAAUUUGAUAAGGAGUUCUUGCAUGUAUACGUUCUAUGUAAAUAAUAGGUUCUCUUAGACCUCUUGUGGUGGGGGGUCUGGGCACAGCAGUCAUUGAACAGUACACAGCCCCAGUAGACUGCUCAAAUAUCAGCAAGCCUCCUGAUUUAUAUUUACCAUGACGUCCUUGAGCCUGUACGUGGUUGGGGCAUUGGCAAUCGCAGCCUCAUUGGUUGUUGUUGUCAAGUCUAUCUUUUGGCUGGUGGCGUACAGAAAAUAUCUGAACAGGCUCAAAGUCUUUCCCUAUGAUCCUCCAAAUUUCAUUUUUGGAAAUUUAUUUCAAUAUCCAGGUCCAAACGAUAAAGGUCUAGCCUUUCAGAGGGAUAUCACAAGGAGAUAUCCCAGAAUGUUCCUAACCUGGCUGAUGCAGUUUCCGCUGAUCGUCGUGUCUCACCCAGACACGGUCAAGGUCAUCCUCAAGUCCUCGGAGCCUAAAGGGGAGCCAGUGUAUAACCUGAUCCGGCCCUGGAUAGGAGAUGGCCUUCUCACCAGCCGCGGAGCCAAAUGGUCACGAAACCGACGGCUCCUCACUCCUGCAUUUCACUUUGAGAUUUUAAAGAACUACGUGGAAGUGAAGAACAGAUGUGCAGAUGAUUUGGUGCAAAAGUUCCAAACAGCUGCUGAACGGUGUGCAUCCUUACGGGUAUUUUCCGAUGUGACUAUGUUUACACUUGAUGUUAUUCUGCGAUGUGCUAUGUCCUACACGACUAACUGUCAGGAGAUUGGAGAAAAGCACCCGUAUGUUCAAGCUGUCAAUGAUAUCUCAAAACUUCUGGUUGACAGGUUUUUUAUGCCGUGGUUUUACUCUGACUUCUUGUACUUCCUGACCCCAAUGGGACGACGCAUGCUGAAGCAUUGCAGUUUUGUUCACAAAGUAGCUGAGGAAAUAAUUGAAACGAGGAAGCUUAAAUUGGAAAAAGAAAGUCCUGUCGCAGGUGCUAAAGACAACCAGCAUUCGAAGUAUAUGGACUUCCUUGACAUUCUUCUGACUGCCAAAGAUGAAGAAGGGAAAGGCUUGAGUGCGAAGGAGAUCCGAGAUGAAGUGGACACGUUUCUUUUUGAAGGUCACGACACCACAGCUAGCGCCAUCUCCUGGGCCCUCUACUCCAUCGCAGAACAUGCAGCCGUACAGAGAAAGAUACAGGAAGAGCUGGACGAAAGAUUUAAGGGCCGAGACUGCAGUGAUGUCUUGUGGGAGGAUCUAUCUGAGCUACCUUACCUGACCAAAGUGAUCAAGGAGAGCAUGCGUCUGCACACACCAGUGCCGUUGAUCCAGCGAAACCUGACCAAGGACACAGUGGUGGAUAACGAGGUCAUCCCAGAAGGCACCACCGUCAGUGUGGUCGUCUACAACUGUCACCACAACCCCUCGGUGUGGGAAGACUCUAUGAAAUUUGACCCAGAACGGUUCUCACCGGAGAAUGUGCAAGGUCGAGAUUCGUACGCCUUCAUUCCAUUUUCGGCUGGACCACGAAACUGCAUUGGACAGAACUUUGCCAUGGACGAAAUUAAAAUCAUUUUGGCUCGACUUUUGUCCAAAUUUUCGAUCAAACUGGACCCAACUCAUGUAGUGGAGAAGGAUGAGAGCAUUGUUAUGAGGGCGAAGAAUGAUAUCAAGAUUUUCAUCACUGCCAGAGAUUGAUGGAAAUGACAUUCCGCAAUCCAGCAAUAUCUAUGAUGACACUGUUCAAAAUGCGCAUAUUUACUUUCUACAUUUAUCUGUUUACAUGAUAUCUUGCCUUCAAUGUUUAACUGUAAGACAAAAUGAUUUUAACCAAAAUAAGAUUGUAGGAUACCUUGUUGGUUCUGUAAGUAUGUAUUUAAGAUAUCUAAAAGCCAAAAAGAUGUUUAUGCAUUAUACUUUCAUCGUUGUAGAUGUUUACAUGUGAUCAACUGUGAUAUAUGCUUUAAAUACUCUGUGAAUCUUUCCGAGUCAUUUGUGUUUUACAACUGGGUGUGAAGUAAAGUCCAGUGAGAAGUUUUGCCAUCGAAAUGUUGAUUAUACCAUUUUGAAUAUAUAUACAUCAGAAUUGAUAAAAUGUUAAGCCUAUCAUUUACUGAUUUAUAUAUUUUUUGUUAACCUGUGACCUCCCUUGAGAGUGUGCAAAAUAAAAAAGACUUCAUUCAGAUAACAAGCCACAUUUCCUAAGUAAAGCAAGUUUGUCAGCUUUCAUGAAAGAGAAGUUUCUUUUUAAGUGAUAUUUCUUGUAAUGGAAUUUGUUCUCUCCUCAAAUGAUUGGGUUGACGAGCUGGAAAUUCAGUGGCUUCCUUGUGCUUUAGGACUGUUUCUCAGAAUGUUUGUGACUAUAUUAUGGUGAUAUUUCUUGAACAACCAACAUCAUUAUAAUUCAUAUAUAUAGAACCAAAUUGUUUUUAUUGUUUUAAAGACCAAAUUAUGUAUAGUCUUUUAAAAAAAAUUUUAGUAGAGGGUUUUACGGCGCUCGCAACUGCAUACUGUCAUAUGAGCGCCAUAUGUAUAGUCUUUAGUUCAAAAAUUGAAUUAUGCUUGAACUGAAAGAUUUCAGUCCUAUCUGCAAUGUAACUAUUUUUACCAAAGUGCUCUUUUUAGCUGUAUUUGUGAGUCUUUUGAUAGAACAUGAUACCUGAUAGAACCAUCAGUUUCUGAAAGGAAGGAAACUGAUUUGUCAUCAGGUGUUGAUUGCCUGCUUGGUAGUGCACAUGUAGUUGAUGUAGAUGUACUAUGGUAGUGCUGGACUAGAGGCAAGGCGUUGGACUUCCAGUGAAAAUUUAAUGGUUCACUUCUCAUUGUCACGGGCUUUGAAACUGCAUUUUGAACAAAAGGACUUUUCUUCAGUCAGUUUUUCCAGCUAGAUUCUACUCCUAGCUAUUUUGAAUGGUAGAGGAGGAGUAUAUGAAUCGAAUCCGUGUGUUUCUAACAGACUGCAGCACUGUUUUGUGUAUUCAGUGAGAUAAGAGAAGGGGGGGGGGCUAAAAAGUCUGUAAGGAGGGAAAUUUGGCAAUAAUCCCUGUAGCAAUGGGAAUUUAAGAAUACUUGUGAAGCACAAUGGUCAGGUCAUUCAUCUCAGAAGGUAAAAGAAGGUAGGACUGGCCAAAGAAUAGACUCCACAUAUUUUUAAAAGUCUUUCAGUGAACUUUAAUUAAAGUGGGAGGAGCAAAGAAAGUUUCUACCUGAGAUGUCGAGCAUGUGUAAAGGUAAAUGUUUUGUUUUUGUCAUUUAGUUUACACCUUUCUAGAGAGAUUUGUACAUUUAACAAAUUGAUUUUAUUUUUAUUUUUUGCCUACUCAGACACCAAAUAUGUUUGCUAUUGCUUUCUUUCUUAACAGUUUUAAAAUACUCUUGUGUAAGAAUUGCACACUUAAACAAUUGUUACUGCUAUCAGUCGAAUAAGUUGACAAAACUAUCUGAUGCUCAGAGAUAAAUAUUUUCAUUAUAUACAUCUGAAUGGUAUAUUUGAUUCAAAUUGUCUUUUAUACGUCAUGUUACAUACUCAUAUUAUGUGUGUGUCUUUCACGGAGUUUGAAUAAAAUCUGCAACUUUAGAAA